AUGUACACAUAAACAGAUGUACGUACAUACACACAAACGCACACACACACAGACACAUGUACACACACAUACAUGUACAUACACACAGACACAUGUACAGAUACACACAUGUACAUACACACAGACACACACACACACCCCUAUAAAAAGUUGCAGUGCUUCGUUACUUCACUUACAGAGCUGGGUACUGCAAUCUAGGGGGAGGCAGAGAGCACAGCAACACUCCUUCCUUUGCUUUCACUUUGCUCAACUAUUGAGCAGUCUGACGGCUCCCAGUGCGAGUGGCAGAUCCGGCCCUGAGUUCCAAGCCUGCUCAGCAAGACGGCCCUGGGGACACACUCGCCCCCCACCAUAAUUUCCACUCGCCAAUGCGAGCAGGCGAGUCAAAAUUUCAAGGCCUG